GGUGUCAAGAUAAAACGACAUCAAUCAACAUGGCGACGGCAAUUAAGUACUGAAGACAUCCUCACUUUUGUUAAAAGCGCAAGCACUUGGCCAAUUAAUUUUGGGCCAAUAUUUUAAAAUGUCUAUUCAAUCACCGAAGUAUGAAACUGAAGAAUACGAAGAAGAAUCGCCGUAUCUCGAAGGGCCUGUGGAUAUCGAGGGGAAAUGUCGCUUGUGCUUGAAGGCGAACGAGUUGAUACCCGUGCAAAAUGGUGAAAACCCGGAAGGUGGCAUUAGUACGGUGGCGUUGAAAAUAGACAUUCUUACCACGAUUAAGGUAGCCCCCACUGACAAAGUUUGCACAGUUUGUCAUCAGAAAAUAAAAAACUUUUACUCAUUCCGAGUCAUGUGUUUGAGAUCAGAUGCCAGGAUUCGUCAGGCAUCAAUACCUAGUGAUGUGUCUGUUUACCGUCCAGAACAUACUGACUCAGUUCGUAGUUAUAAAAGAGUUAAAAGAGAGUCAGAGAAUUCUUUCAGCUUUCAGCAUGGAUCUAAUGAUUCUUUGACUAUUAUUCCAAUGCCCCACAAUGAAAACGGAAAUUCCAUGCCACUUAGAAAUAAAAGAGGAUCAGGUCUGACUAUUUCUGCUGUUCCAAUGUCUAAAGAGGCUGACCGUGUGGACCGCAGUGAAAAUGGCACCCGGUGGGAUCAUGACAGGGACAGUGGGAGUGAGGCACCAAUAGACUGUGAUCCAGGAAAUGCAGAUGAUUGCACUGACUCUCAAGGAGAUGAAACAGAGAACUUGGAAGUUCAAAUAGAUCCAUUUAGUUUAAUGGGGGAUGAUGGUGCUGAGCCACAAUAUCACCAAUCUCAUCAUAACAAUGUUGUAAAUGUUCGAGGUCAAAUAUUAUACCCAGUUCUAGGGAAUAAUCCAGACAUUCAAAUCAUGGGGAAUAUAGGAGAUUUGCCGCCCCUCGUUCCUGGACCACAUCGCCCUGGUCCUCUCCCGGUAAAGAAUUCAAAUGAUCGAGACCGGGCAAUUGAACUCAUAAAACAGAUGACAUCUGUCAGACAAAAGUCAACAUCUGCUCUUGAUGGAUCUUUCCUGGACAAGCCAUUUAAAUGUGAUGUGUGCCCAGAAAGCUUUUCUUAUUACAAGAGUUUUGUCAAACACAAGCAAAGGCAUUCUGGAGAGCUCCAGCCACUUAAGUGUGAAUUUUGUCCUGACCAAUUCCAAACCAGUCGCCAGCUACAAAACCAUUUGAAAUACCAUAAUGUAGAGAAAGCUUUCCCAUGUGAUCAGUGUGAGAGAUCUUUCCCCACAAAAGAACGUCUCAAUUCUCACUAUACAUUGCACACAGGUAAUAAGCCAUAUGUUUGUGAGAUCUGUAAUAAAUCCUUUGCAUACAAAAGUAGUUAUGGCCUUCAUAUCAGAAAGCAACACGGAGAGCAACAGAUCAAGUCUCAAAGCUUUAAAUGUACAAAGUGUCAUGAAGAAUUUGACAUCUUUGUUGAUUUUAAACGUCACCUACGCACUCAUGCAGGUGAAAAGCCUUUCACUUGCAAUGUGUGUGACAAGGCAUUUGCCUCCAAGUCUAUAUUGAAUGUUCACUCUAGAAUCCACAAUGGCUUAAGGCCAUACAGGUGUGAUAUUUGUGGCCAAGCAUUUACUCAGAAGCAAUCUUUAGAUUACCACAUGCGUAGACAUAGUGAAGAAAAUCCAUUCAAAUGUGAAAUUUGUGGAAUGACAUUCCAGCGUCGUUAUUUCCUUGACAAGCACAAAGAUUCUCAGCAUGGGUCUCCACCUAAAACAGUUGCUAUACAACAAAUCAACUCAACAGGUUAUGAAGAUGAUGUGGACUCGAGCAGAUUUGGUGAUGAUGAUGAUGAUGCAGAUAGUGAUCCUUUGAAAUUAGAAAUUGAUGAAACGUCAGGGAAAUAUGAAGGUGAUGAUGGGCAAAAUGACUUGCCGGUAACUGCCGAGAUUCAGGAAGAUCAGUAAGAUGUGUUACUUCAUUUUUAUUUUCAAAUCUUAUCUUAAUUCAUAUUUGUCAUAAAUGAACUGGGUGUGAAGAACAGUAGUUCUCUUUUAGCCUUGAUUGAUUGGUUGAUUUAUAUUUCACUUAUACUGAUUAUUUCUGCAAUUGUCUUUGUAAACACAUUGUUCUCAGUAUUUUAAUUUUGGCCUAUCAAAUAGGUACUGCAUGUUUGAAUAUGUCAAUGUUUGUCAGUGUUUGCAUCAACUGCCUGAUUACAUUUGAGUCUGAAUCUGAUGUAGGAUUUUAAGAUCAAAUUUUAACGGACCAUCACCAUUUAUUGAAUGGUGUAACAAUCAAUGCCUUAAAUGUACUCCUUUUAUCACUUGUUUAAGGAGGUUACUUCAAUACCUUUUCUGUCAAUUUACUUGUGACAUGUUGCCUCAACAUGUUGUUUUUCAUUCAUCAAUGAAAUUAUGUUUCAUGUGCCCCUACCUACUGUUGAAUUUACCUUGUUGUCUAUGACCAUUCAUUUACAAUCACUUUUAAAAAAAUUGUUUUAAAAAUGGUAACUUUGACAGUAUGUAAGAUUUUAUGUAUUGUCGUGUCCAUUAAUUACUGCCCUUGCAUUACUCUUCAUCUAAAGUGACUCUUUCUAAAAUGAACCUUACCUUAUGAAUCCCACUUUGUUCACCUCUCCUGUUCACACUGUAAGGUGUGCAUAUAGCAUUUUUUUUUUUUUUUAAGGUUUCUUUGGCAGCAGUAACCAUUGGGGGCUUAGCAAGCAGUAUUAGAUCUUUCAAGUUAUCUUUCUUCUGUAUGAUUGUGGGUUUCUCUCUUUUGUUUGUCUUUCAUCCUGUUCUUUUUUUUACCUUCUUGACUGGGAGUGUUAUUGUAAUCAAUCUUUGAACCAACAUUGGCUGUACACCUUGUAUCCUGAUUUAACACUUGUGUGUGGCAUCAGCACCUAUGUCCCAUAUACCUCUUGAAAUUUUCUAAUGCCAUUCAUUAGUAGGUAAAAGGUUUCAUCAGAAUUCAUUUUAGUAUUAAUGGUGUAUUGAAGCAAUCAAGUAAGAAGCAAGUGGUGCAGUGCUGGGUGUCUGGAGCACCUUUUCUCACUACUGGAUUACUUAAUCCAUCAGAGCACAUCUGUGUUUUCAAUUUUCAUUCCUUUCCCACUUGAUGGAUUAGUUCUGAAGUAGUAUUAUAUUAUAGUAACUGAAACUCUCAACUCUUCUUACUCUUAUGGUUUGAUUAGGAGCACUCUUCUAUGAAAUAUUUCAUCAUUAUUCCAAGUGCCUUAUAAAUUUAGAUAACUCAAUUUAUUGAUUGCAAUCCUUUGCAAUUUUUUUUUUAUGUUAGGGCAGUUUGUUAUUUUGCUUCUGUGAGAUCUCCUCCAAGAACUUCUUGCAGCAGACAUGAUACUAGUAGCUUAAGAGGGAUGUUGUUAAUGGCUGUAUUUUGAACAUAUACUGUCCUAGUUGUUGUUUUAGUUUUGAUAUAUAACUAUAUUGUGGAUUUUAUGCACGUGCACAUAGGCAAAUUGUAUUAUUCAAACCAAAGGAAGAAUUUUAUCUUUUGAAAAGUCUCAAUAUUUUUGUUAUGGGGAAUUGGUUGUUUCCUAACCACGGUUGAGCAUGAAUGCCAGUGAAUUUUGACAUGUCAUCUGACAGACACUAAAAUUGUUCCAAAAUAUUUGAAUACUAUUUCUGCCUUUGUUUUAUUGUGUUAUCUUAGUGUGUCAUGUCCAAUGUGUGUGAAAGAACCUUGUAGUAGCCAUGUUAUGGUAUACGUAGCACUGCAUGUGUGUGAAAGUGUGAUGUGAUGUGUGCGUGUUAGCUUGCUUUGUGCCUGCUGUGAGCACGUGCCUUGAUUGGAACCAAUGAAAUCUGUUGUGGGUAUUUUUAUGCGGCUCAUGAACAGAUCUCUAGUGUUAAAAUGAAAAAAUUAUGUUAUUGAUUUGUAUUUAUUUCCAUGAGUUGUAGCAAUGUGUAUUUUAUUUUCAAAGAGAAUAUAUAUGUUUAUGAAAAUUUU